AUGGCCGCCUCCAUGCGCAGCUCCGUGGUCUCUCGCAGCGCGUUCCGUGCUGCCCAGCCGGCUGCCAGGCGCGCCGUGCUGAUGGCGGCCAAGCGCAACGACGUCUCGGACUCGUACGCCAAGGCCCUGGUCGAGCUCGCCGAGGAGAAGGGCAAGCUGGAGCAGGUGCACGCGGACGUGGACGCCGUUGCCAGCCUGAUCAAGGAGAACAAGAAGCUGACCGACCUGCUGUACAACCCCGUCGUCGACGGCGACAAGAAGAAGGCGGUCCUGGCCAAGAUCGCCAAGGAGGCCGGCUUCCAGGGCUACACCGGCAACUUCCUCAACGUGCUGGUCCAGAAGGACCGCCUCAACCUGCUGCCGGAGAUCGUGGAGUCGUUUGAGGAGCAGUACUGCGAGCUCACCGACACUCAGGCUGCUCCAAGCAGCUGUGCGCGGCGGCCUCUGGUGCGGCGGCGGCAUCAGCAGCAGCAGCAGCAGCAGCUUUUCAGGGCACGCGUUUCCACGUGA